AUGGCGAGCUCCGGUGGCGGCCCGGCGGCGGAUGGCAAGGGGACCACUCGGCUGGACCGACUUCUCACGCUAUUGGACACUGGUUCCACCCCCGCCACUCGCCGCAAUGCUGCGCAGCAAAUUGGGGAGCUGGCCGGGCUGCACAAAGAGGGCCUCCGUGCGCUUCUCGCGAAAAUCCACCGCUUUCUGCGUAGUAAGAAGUGGGACACGCGAGUAGCGGCCGGCCAGGCUGUGGGGGCCAUCGCUCAACACGUUCCCCAUGUUACUGUGGAGAGUUUGGAGAAAGCUGCCAAGCUAGAGCAUCCUGCGCGCAAUCUAGAUUCGGACACGCCUCAUGAUGGAGCAGCGGGGACGUUCGAAGGGCCGCCGGACAGUGGGCUGAUGCAAUUUUCGAGGUGGGAGUGUGUGGCGGCCUCGUUGGGUACGAUUGUCUGGGGAAGGGGAGAGAGGAGCAGUCUUCGACAUCUAGCGAGUACUGGAGCAUGGUGCGCUUCUCCUCUCGUCGGGCGGCCAGGAAUACGACUCGGCGCCGGUGGGGGGAUCCAUCCAGGAGCGGCUGGCCUAGCAGAGACAGAACCUGAAGCGCAGGCUGGGUCUGGAAGAAGCGGAGCGCUUCUUGGACGUGAAUCAAAUCUUUGA